GUGUUUACCGUUGACUUCAAGGCUGUGGAGCAUGUGGACGAUCCGGGGCUUCUCCCAAUUCUGCCAUGGAGAACGGGAUCGGAUCAUCACAGUAUCUUUUCUCCAGAAUACUAUACUGUAUUCACAUCUGUUCAGAUCCAUAAAUCAAGUCUGAAGCUAAACUGGCUGCUCACAAAUUUCAGUCUUAAUUGAGACAACCAAGCAACUCUCCAGAGUGAAGUGCAGAUUUGAGUUUCAGUGAGUUAUCCGGCUUCAGGAUUCAGGAGCCCGUGGUUAUUAUGGCCUCAACUGUGCAGUUUCUUGCUGUGAUCCUGCUACAUAUGUGCAUCGCGUCCUACUCCAUACACUUCGAUCCAGUAUACAUAAGCGAGAAAGAGCACGACUACCUCCGCUUCGCCGAUGUCAGGCGCCAUUGCCAGUCAGUGCUCUCUUCGGCCACCGGGCUACCCUACGACACCAACCGCCCUGACCGCCUGAGGCGCCAACUAUCUUUCGAGAAGGGAGACUGGCGCCAGGACGCCGGCAAAGCGCCUCUGGUGCCAUUCUAUGCUGGCGAUGCAUCGAGCAAGGACGCUCUCCGGUUGCCUGACCCCCUGUCGCUCGCUGCAUUCGUGGUCACGCAUGUGGACGGCGGCGAGGAGCACCGUGCAAGGGCAGCCGUCAAUGUCAGCGGCGUGCUCGUCCUUACCGUCAACCAGAAGAGCGUCGUGCCGGAUUUCGGCCCCGACAUGUUCGCAGCAUCGCCGGAGUUCAACCUUUCUGCUGGUAGCAUCAGGCUCAAGAUCAUAUUUGAAGGCGUGUACACAGAGAGGGCGAAGGGCAGUGGCGAAGACCACGCCGAGCGCGUGCUCUGCAUGGUCGGGAGUGCUGUUCUGCCGAAGCGCAGCGCCGACAGCGUUGACCCGUGGGGCUGGGCCAAGAACUCCGGCGGCUGGAGCAGCUUCCAGCCACCGGUAACUGCCGACAACAACAUAUUGCUCGUGCUACGGUACCCGGAGAAGCUGACACUGACAACCCGAGAGGUUCUCGGACAGAUGGGGAGCACGAGCUCCCCGUCGGACGCCUCCUACUUCGACACCGUGCAGCUCAGGUCAGGGCUCAUCUCGUCCGGCGCGUACAAUUUUCGUCCGGAAGAGCUCCCCGCCGGCGUGGGUGACGCGCUCCCUUGGAGUGAUGCGGACAAUGGUGCGUCCAACCGUGUAAGGGAUGUGUACAAAGGCAGCUACCCAUGCCCAGUCCUUAGCCGGUACGGUCGUCAUGGACAAGUCAUCACUAUGCUCCCCGGCUGGCACUGCAACUCCACGACUGGCGCGUCGUGCCAUGGCAUCGGGCCGUUCGAGAUGGGCCGAGAAGCAGACGCAGACGUGUCCUCCGGGGUUCGCAUCAUAUUGCAGGACCUCCAAUGCCAGGAGCAGCAGGGGUACAACAUGGCCGGCGCGGCUGGCACCGCCAUGGUAUCGAUGGUGCUCCGUGCCCUGUACCCAUGGGAGGACCGGGACACGGCAAUGUGGCGGACGGGGCUGAGCGGGAAGACGCUGUCGGCGGAGGGUGUGUGGAACGCAUCAACAGGGCAGGCCUGCAUGGUGGCUUGCCGUGGCGCGGGCAGGACGGCGUGCGUCUUCCGGGUGUGCCUCUUCUUCCCGACGACGCUGUCAAUCACCCGCAUGGACACUAUGUUGGGACUGAUAUACGGCGUGGAUGCUGCAGGCCGAGUGGCACAACCGCCCCUUCUGUCGUUCCGGCAGAGCAUAGGCCCGCCGCGUCUCUGGGGCGACUACACCCACGACGGCAAACCGCUGGUGCCGUACAAGUACAACUACACAAAGGUCCAGCAGGCCGUCGAGCUGCGCAACAGGAGUGGAUCGCCGUUCGACUGGCGCAAGAUCAUUCCACAGUCUCUGCCCCUGAGCUAUCCCAGGAUAGAUGACGCCAGCGAUGAGAUGAGGAGCCUGUCCACCCUCGCCGACAGGCUCAUUCUCAUUUUCUCGACCGUGCCCGGAUUGUUCCGACACGAAUGGAUUGAGCGGCCGUUCCUUUUCUUGGAAGUCAUCUCUCUCCAGCAGAUCAUUGAUCGCUAUACCUAUAGGCCGCAGCGGCACUCGGAAAAAGAAGCUAGCUCUGAGGGGCACCGGUUACUCAACGUGUCGGCCGAGCUAACCAUUUCUCAGCACCAAUGGCCUCAAAACUCAGUAAUGUCUCUGGAAGGCGUGUACGAUCCAGAGGACGGCCGGAUGCACUUGAUCGGCUGCCGGGAUGUCCGGCCGCCGCGGGAAAACUCUUCCGCAAGCAGGGAGCUCCAACUGGAAGAUGGAAUGGACUGCUCCAUCGAGGUGAAGGUCGAGUACCCAUCCACGACGAUGCACAAGUUUUUGAUGUCGACGGCGAAGGUUGAGAUAGUAAGCAUGAGGACGGCCGCCGACCCGCUGCAUUUCGACGCGGUGAAGGUCAGGGCUCGACCUUACAACUACCUGCAGGAGCUGCCCGGUGGGUUCUUUCAUGGCGUCGCCAAUGGCGCGCUCUGCAUCGUGCUGCUGUCGGCCACCGUCGCUGCCGUACUGAGCCAGCUGCGCUACCUCAGGUCACACGACCACGUGGCGCCCUACAUCUCCCUGGUGAUGCUGGGCGUCCAGGCUCUCGGGUACUGGAUGCCGCUGGUCACCGGCGGCGAGGCGAUCCUGGCGAGGGUCACCCUGCGCUGGUCCGGCGAAGGAGCGAUGGCGCCGUCUUCCAGUAGCAGCGUUCCCUACUACAUGUUCGACAACGGACGGCUGUGCGAGUCCAUCGACCGGGCGGUGAAGCUCCUCAGCCUGUGCGCGUUCUGUCUGACGCUGCGCCUCGGGCAGAAGGUGUGGCGGUCGAGGGCGCGCAUGGUGGCGCGGUCGCCGCCGCUGGACCUGGCGCGCGUGCCGAGCGACGGAAAGGUGUUGGUCUACGUCUACGGCGUCCACCUGGCCAUCUUCAUGCUCAUCCUGGCGCUGAACAGGGAGGCGGUGACCGUGGAGCAGCAGGUGGCGCUGAUGCAGGACCUGUUCCUGCUCCCGCAGGUGAUCGGCAACGCCGUGUGGCGCGUCAACUGCAUGCCGCUGGAGGGGAGCUUCUACGUCGGCGUCACCGCUGUGCGCCUGCUGCCGCACGUGGUCGGGCCUGCACGCUACUCGGGCGAGCCGGAGGUGGUGGACGGCGCCAGCGGAGGGCGUUUCUUCGCCAAGGCCGGCGAUGUGGUGAUACCGCUCGCGGCCGUGAUGCUGGCGCUGGUGGUGCACGCCCAGCAGCGUUGGAAUUAUGCCAUUGUUGGUAGGAUUGGCAUACCGGAGAACAGGAAGCUUCAGCACAUCUUCUAAAUCCCUGUUUGAGAGCAAGCUGCAAAAAAAAAUUCUCUCGUGUUUCAUUCUGCUAAAUCCCAGCAUCUCUUAGCCUCACUAGAUGGCCCGUUGCGCUACUGGCGCAGUGGGUGAAAUCAGGACAAUACUCAAGCCAUAAGGUAUGUUAAAUGCAAGUCGUAGACUGUUCUUUACCUAUUGCACACAUGAUGUUGAUAAAUAAACUGGAUUGAGAUCAAACACCAUUACAUAUAUAAAGUUCAAAUAGUACAA